GGAGCCUCCCGUGAGGACAGGCAGAGCCGCGGGGCCCGGCUUCCGUGCUGGGGGCACGAGUAACCCGUCCAGAGCCGGGGAUGGACGCGAGGGGCCUGGUCCCGGGGAAGCUGAGGGGAGCGGAGCGCAGCAAGCGGCAGAAGGCCAAAGCACAGAGGGGAGCUGCGGCCCACGGGCUGACUCUGCCACCGAUCCCCAGCGAGGACAAGAAGAAAGGGGAGAAGAAGAAGCCAGUUACAUUUACGUUGAGUAAAAAACCAGCCUUGCCUUCGAAGACACCGCUGUCCCAGGAGAAAUACAGAAGUUUUACCGAGAGGAAGUCAGCGCUCAAGGAGGCGGAAUUAGCUAAAACGUUGGAAGAGAUCAAAAUUACCACGGAUCUGACCGAGCGGAAGACAAAUGCCGUAGAGGAGCUGAAGCAGCGCAGCGCCCACCUGGCCGAGGCCAACUGCCGGCUGAUGAAGGACAUCCAGCACACCGAUGCCAGCACUGCCAAGCAAGCCAGAGACCUGCUGCAUCAGUAUGAGCAUUUUCAGAUGGUCAAGGCCAUGACACGGACCUUCAAUCAGAACAGACUGGACGCGGCGAGGGCAGAGCUCCAGGAAAUGGAAAAAACAAUGGAAAAGGAUCUGGGAAAGCUACAGCAGCAGCUGGAUGAAGCCACAGCGAAAGCACAGGUUCUCCAGGACGAGCUCGGCUUCCUGCGGACCUACACGGACGUGCAUUAUCCCAAACAGGCUCUCCGGAUUGUCCUCCUGCUGUCCGACAUCCAGAACCUGAAGCAGCAGCAGCAGGAUGAGAUAGACAAGACGGAGGAGCUGGGGAAGGCCGUCCUGGAGGAGCUGGAAGAGAAAGCGCAGCUAGAACAAGAGGAGCUGUUGCAGAAAGUCGUGGAGGAGGUGCUGCUGCACCAGGAUGGCCUGAAGCAGCUGGUCGUAAACAACCACGUUCUUCGAUGUGAGAUAACAAGGCAAAGAGAGAUUAUUAAGGAGCUGGAAGAGGAGAUCAGCCAGCUGCAAAGAAGCAUCCAGACGCUCCGCCAGCGUGCAAGAGACCCGAGAGAGGUGAUCUUUGCUGAUGUUUUCCUCCGCAAACCCAAAUCUCACCGCCAAACCUACACGGCCUGGGAUAGAAACUCGCAGCUUGCUGCCAGCCCCGGUCACCUCACCUCUCUCUUCUGGGCUUCCUUUUGUCCGUCCUGUAAAUGGGGAUAAUUAGCGACUGCAGGCAGAGCAGGAGCGGCAGAGCUUUUCAAGGCCCUUGUGACCGCGAUGAGUCUUCCUUUAUUGUUCUUUUCCCUCCCUGGUUGGGAAACCAAACGGAGGGGAGGUGGCCGGGCUCCUGUGGAGCAUCCUUGUCAGGGCAGGUCCUACCCGUCUCAAGCUGCUGGUGUGAAACGGGCCCUCUGCGAGAACAAAGGCGGGCAGCCAGUUCCCUAAUACAUAAAAAAAAAAACAUCUCAGAGGAAUGGGUUGGCAGCAAAAAGGCAAAACUUUCUCUUUCCACCACUCUUUCCCUGCCCAAGCUCAUGGGCAGCUGACGGCUCCCGGAGCAGAGCUUGUGGUGAAUCCCCGCUCCCACUUC